AUGGUUUUUGAUGGGCAAAUAACUAGGCCUGACCAUGUUCCUUACAAGAAGUACCAAGAACUUUUGGAAGAAACGAAUUCCCUAAAGAUGCAGGCACUUUAUAGAGAAAAAGAAGUAGAAACCCUCAAGGGCAUGUUAGCUCAGAAGGAGAAGGACAUGGUUCGCCUUAAGGACCGGCUGCAUCGAAGAGAUGCAACAAUUAGUAAGCUAAGGGCUGUGGUUGAGUUUGCGUGGACAGAAUUCGACAGUGCUACGAAAAGUCUUCAGGGGUUUUAUACCAUCGAGAAACAUGAAAAUGAUUCUACACAGAAGAUCGAUGGAACAACUUCGACUGUAAAUGAAAUUGGAAUCACAAACCAAGAUGGAAACACGGCCAUUCUAGGGGAACCUCCUCCCCUCCUAUCAACGUUCAAGAGGCCCCCAACUCCAACCCAACCUACAGAAGCAAAAAUCUCAAAGGAAGUUCCUAAACCUUUGAUGAAAGAAGCAAAACAAGAAGACAGACUCCCUGCAUCGUCACCUACAAUCGUUUUCACAUCUAAAGGCCGUCCACCUCCACCCCCUCCACCUCCUCCACGUCCACGCCCUCCAAUCCCACCUACGGAAGCGAACAUCGUUGGAGCAACUCCGACUCCUGUUCGGAAAUUUAUAAUCUCUCCACCUACACAAAUAGAAGCGAACAUCACAGGAGCAACUCAAACCCCUGUUAGUAGAUCGUUUGGAGAUCCUUCAUCUCACCUACAAAAGAAUACAUCACAAACAUAA